UCCUCAACCCUUGGCCGAUUCAUAGUACUGUUUUCUCCGCUUUCCCUCCGAGCGUUGUUUCUGGUCUCCACAGCAUCUGUGUGUCUUUGCUUCCAGCGAAUAAUUUUGACAUUCAAUAAGGUGCGCCUCAAGUGUGCUGGACUGCUAGGUUCUUAAAAUUGCAAGCAAUGGAAGAUCCUCAUUCUGUAAGUAGUCCUAGAAGAAUUCACAGUCUGUCAAAGAAGAGGAGGGCAACUGUUUCCUCUCUGGAUGCGGAUGAGAAGGCUCCCGGAUUUGGAGUGUCUGGCAAACAUGGUCCGAAGCCAUCAGAAGUUUAUGGAUUCGUAGGUUCCAUAACUACCGUUGUGGCUACAGUUAUUUUCUUGGCAUGGGCAUAUGUUCCAGAGGCUUGGCUACAUUACAUCGGAAUCUUCUACUAUCCUAGCAGGUAUUGGGCAUUGGCAGGGCCAGUUUAUGUUAUGAUGACAAUCGUAUUAGCAUUGGGAUUUUAUGUUGGUCUUAACUUUAUGUCGACUCCUUACCCAACUUCCUUAAACACGAUGUUUGAUGAAUUCAGUAGAGAACCAUCGAGCUUUAUUCCUUCAAUGGAUGGAGAUGAUCGACCAAUUGAGCCCAUAUUUGAUAUUGGCAUCAACAAAAUUAAUGAUCUCAUGUUUAACAAUGUAAAUUGACAAUUCAAACUAGGCGACUGUUUCUGGAUGAAAGCUGGGGUAGCCAACCAGGAUGCCUGAAAAAGCAUUGACGGAAGUGGAAGCCUCUUUAAGGAUUUCGAUGACCCAAAUGGACAGAGCAUUGGAAGAAUUGGAGAAAAAAGUACUAACGACACUAACAACUUGAAACACCAUGCCCUGUCUUCAUAAUUCAGAAGAGAUACUUGUACAAUGUGAAAUAAGUGGCAUUUAUAGCAGUUCUGUAUUCUUUCCGUAUUUUCAGUUUACUCAUUUAGGCGAUUGGGCAUCACAGUCAAAUUAAUCGGUUUUGUGUUAUUUUUUUUUGAAUAAAUAACUCCUUUUUUAUCUAUA